AUGACUUCUUGUUUGGUUCCCGAGUUUGCUGCCGUGGUGGCUGUUUUGGAGCAUGUGAAGGAACUGGACAAGCUGGUGGAGGAGGAGGGAGCACCGCUCACCUGCGAGGCCUGUCACCAUCGCACAGAGAUAGUGGCUGCUGUCACCGAGCUGGAGGCCAUCAGGCGCGCUGUCCACGAGCAGCUGGAGGUGGAAACCAUCAAAAACAGUAACCUGAGACACCAGCUUCACGGUAUGCGGGAGAAAAUCAGCCGAGAGAUCAUGGCUGAUGUGGCGGCGGCCAGGGAAAGAAAUGCCAAAGAGAUAGAGCAGCUGCAUAACGACAUCAACACCGUCUCACAGCAACAGGAGGCCAUGGUGGAGAGACAGAAAGUGCUCUUGAGACAAAACGCUGAGCUGUGCGCAGAGAGAGAGCAGUGCAAGACUGAGCAUGAGAAUAACACAGUCACCCUAAGCUGUCACAUAAGUCAAAUGUCCGGCCUGAAGGUCCAGUUGAACCAGACACUCAAAGACGAAGAGGACCUCAAGACUUGCAUCGCUGCUGUCAAAGACAACAAAGUGACUCUACAGCAUAAAAUGAUACAGGAGAUGGAGGCGUUGACUGUGACCAACGACGGCCUGGUUAAAGAGGUGCAGCAGACUGUGAAGAAAAUUCACCAGCAAAGGCGAGACAACGCAAAGAACAAGAGGGAGUUGGAUAGAGUUAAUGAUGAGAUACGGGACAAGAACAUCCGUCUCAGUCAGCUGGCAUGUCGCAUCGCCCAGCUGGAGAAAAGUAUCACUGGACUGGCAGCUUCUCAGCACCAGUGUGAGAAACAGCUGGAAGAGCACAAGGAGAUGCUUAAAGAACUUGCACAGCAGAGAGAAACGCUGGAGAAGCAGCCCCAUGAGCUAAAUGAGACCUUCGACGACGCCACCCAACAUCUUAAAGAACUCAUUGCCACAGUGGACUGUGAGAUGGAGGAGGGCAGAGCCAUGGGAAGCAUCCUUCAGGAUUCCCUGGCCGAAGUCUUGGAGCAAUUCACGGCUCAACAGAGAAUAGAGAACGGAGUGAAGGCUGAAAACCUCGGCAUUUCCCGACGACUGGAACAAUCUCAACUGCGACUCGAGAUGCGAAUCAAAAGCCACAAUGAGAUAAGCGAGAUGGACGAGCAGAUCACACAACUCCAGGAGAUCAGCGUCAUCGAGGAGGAUCUGUUUCAGAAGAAUCGUAAUGGCUUGCAGGGCCAGCUGGAGAUUGAGAGGGAGAACAUCAGCCAGUUUGAGGAGAAGAAAAAGCAAUUAAGUCAGGAUCUGGACAAGGCGAAGAAGGAGCAGGAGGAGCACGUGGCACAAGUCACCGCUGACAUCGACAACAUGAGGAGGAGAUAUCAGGAACUAGAGCGAGAGAGAGUUUCGCUCCAGCAGCACCAGGGUGUAAGCGGUAAGAUUGACUCGCUGAUGAGGCUCACGUCCCAGGCCGAGUUAGACUACAAGGAGAUGGAAAGGACAUACCAGCAGGAAAUGCAACAAAUCAUCUCUGAGACUGAGCAUGUCACGGAGUGCAGUGAGGAGAAGGAGAGGGAGGUGCAGGAGAAAGAGGAGGCCCUGAGGAACGUGGAGGUCAGGUUUGACAAGGAGCAGUCCACACACCAGCGACUGGAAAAACUCAUCUCUAAGCUGAGGAGUCAGAGAGACCAGCUGGAGAUGUCUAUUCAGGAGCUGAAGGAGAACACCUGCUCUCUUCUUCAGCCCAAGGAGGAGAUGAAGGCACAGCUGGAGGCGCUGCGAGCGCAGUAUCUGAACCAGCUGGACAGCCAGGCCUCAGAGCUGGGGUCGGUGGAGAGGAGCAUCUAUAACACAGAGGUGAAGCUGGAGCAGGUCAGCAUGGAGAACAGCAGGCUGCACCUGCGGAUAGCGUUGAUGAAGGACGACGUGGCCAUGGCGAGGAAGGACAGAUACUUGCAGGAGAUUCACUGCUUCAGAGAGGAAAUCGGCUCCUUGUAUGAAGGUUUGGAGGAGGCCUGGAGAGAGGACUUGCGGUUGACUAAGGAGCGCCAAGGCAACGACCAAACUUUGUUGGAGUCCAUGGAUUCUCUGUUGAAAUGUCAGCAGACCCGGAGGCUUCAGUUAGAGAACAUCAGCACACAUCUGAACCAACAGCUGUCAUGUAUCAGCAAACUACUGGAUAGGCAAAUCAAUUUAAGUGUCAAAUGAAUUCAUAACAAUAAAUCUCAGCAUAACUGCAUAAAAGAAUACAAUGUGAGGAAUGACACAGAAUUGAAACAGCUCAAGGGUGUUGACCACAUUAAAAAGCAUCAAAAUUGCAAUGUGUUCACUUUUUAUUUUUGAUAGUGACCCCAACACCCCCUCGUCAUAUAUACUGCAUAUGCAUUUUUAACAGAAAACUAUAGUAGUCUGUGUUUCGUUCUG